CAGUGGACGACGGUCAUGAGCUGGGCUCAGCUCUACUGCUACCUGCUCCUGGGACAGUCCCCCAAGAGGGCACAGCAGCAAGAGGGACACUUCAGGGUCCAUGGUGUGACAGGGAAGUCCUGGAGGAAGACACAGAUGGCCAUCCUGUCACUCUAGGGAAAGAGCUGACCCUCUCUUCCACAGAAAUCCUGACCGUGACCCUUCUGCAGAUCCCUGACUACUUACUGCUUGGGCAGCGAGUAUCAUCCCACCAAGAGUCCUGAGCCCAGCAAGCGUCUGGACUCCUGCUGCCUCAAACCCGUAAAAUCUUUGGGCAUCCCUACCGCCCAGCAGCACUAGGAGCGCCAAUGCUCAUAGCCCCCAAACCAGGAGUCCUCCUACAUCCAACCUGGACAAGCAGAAUCUCGGAGUUCACCGGUCAGCUGGGCCCCCAAGCUCCACCUCUUUCCCCUCAAGCGGAAGUGCCCGCCCCUUCCCUUCGCGUCUUCCCAUUGGCCAGUCCUUGUCCGGGUCUGCGAUUUGCCUUCCGCGGUGGAGAGCGUCUGAUACGCGCAGGCCUGGCUCUCCUUGGCGUCUCUUCGCACCCCAGUCCCGAGAUCCGGGCAGCAGAUCCGCGAUCCGAUUGCGGAAAGCGGGGUCUGAUCCGGAUCCCUCGGGCCUCGUGGCUGCCAGUGUGACCCUGGGCAAGUUUCGCCAGCUGGGCCUCAAAUUUCCUUGUGUGGACCAGAGGUUCCCGGGUGGCAUGAGCAGUGCGGUUCUCCCAUCCUGAGCCUUUGUGACUUUAUGGGCAGAGUGGCCACACGUCCCUGAUCCCUACAGGUCUUGGCCAUGAACGCCCCUGGUGGAAGGAGGCAGGAAGGUAGACGGGCCCAUAGACCCCGGGGACAGGACCGAGAUGUGCAGCUGUCUAAGGCCCUGUCCUAUGUCCUACGCCACGGAGCUCUGAAGCUGGGACUUCCCAUGCGAGCUGAUGGCUUUGUACCCCUGCAAGCUCUCCUGCAGCUGCCCCAGUUCCACAGCGUCUCCAUUGAGGAUGUGCAGCACGUGGUGGAUAACAAUGGAAAGCAGCGGUUUGCCCUGCAGCCAGGCCAGCCCAGCACUGGCCCUCUCAUCAGGGCCAAUCAGGGCCACUCCCUACAAGUACCUGAGUUGGAGCUGAUGCCCCUGGAGACACCACAAGCCCUGCCUUUGAUGCUAGUCCAUGGUACCUUCUGGAAACAUUGGCCAUCUAUUCUACUGAAGGGCUUGUCACGCCAAGGAAGGGCGCACAUCCACUUGGCCUCAGGAUUGCCUGGAGACCCUGGUGUCAUCAGUGGCAUGCGUCCAAAUUGUGACGUGGUGGUGUUCAUCGAUGGACCCCUAGCUCUGGCAGAUGGAAUCCCCUUCUACCGCUCUGCCAACGGGGUGAUCCUGACUCCAGGGAAUGCUGAAGGCUUCCUGCUUCCCAAGUACUUCAAGGAGGCCCUGCAGCUACGACCUACCCGAAAGCCUCUCUCCUUGGCUGGUGAUAAAGAGGCAGAGUAUCAGAGUGGUGCCAGGCACAGCUCCAGAGGAGGAAGAAGAAAGAUCCAACAAUAAAAUAUGUAUUUAUUUAAAAAAACAAACAAACAAACCCAACAACUCUGAAAACUGUCACAGGAAGAAAGUCCAGUUUGAAAGCAAGAUUCUUUGUUCCUUAUCCAUAUCUGGCAUUCCUCAUGUGCUCAGGGACUACAUAUAGGCCAGGGAUGUGAGCUGCCAAGAGGGCAAGAGGAGGGGCUGUGUGUGGCUCAGGGCCUACCAUCCCCAGGCUGGGUGGUGGCAGUGUCUACCCCAGCCAGGGCCCUGGCCUGCCUGUGACAGCAGGUGGAAGUGCCCAGCCUGGUGCAUGCUGGGAGUGGUGGAGCAGUGAGUUCAGGCAGAUGUGGGCUUGCGAGGGUCCCUGGAGGUGGUGAGUGGAGCAAGGGCAGCCUGGCUGCCCUCAGAAGGCCUCGUGGCCACCUGUCAGCUGCAGGAACAGAUCUUCGUCCAGCUCCUCCCCACGAGCCCGCUCUCGAGUGGACAGGAAAAUGUAGCCCCCGAUGUACUCAUGUACGAUGCGGCAGCUGGCGGACACACAGCUGAAGGCCACAUUGAUGUGCUCAUCAAAUUCAAUGGCCACCUGCAGGCGGGUGGUCACAGGUCCAGUGGGCUCAGGCAACAAGCAGGAGCUUCUGCCUUGCCCUGGUUGGGUCUGAGCUGGCCACCUGUCCCUGUCCCUGCCCUCCCUCGGGACCCACCUGUCGUAUGUCCCAGUUGACGUUCCACUGACGCAUGUUGCUGAAGCGCCAGGUCUUGACCACAUCGCCCACGGCCAGGUCAAUGCGGAUCAGUCGGUUGUUGGCAAUGCCCAGGAUCUCAUCUUUCCUGCUGCCCUUGAACCUAAUUCCCAGCGGGGGAAAUAUGAGUGAGAGCUACACCAUGUGU